CCAGUUUAAAUGGCUUCCUCUCUCUCUCUCUAUCCGCUUGGUACCCAAACCUUGCUCCCAGAUUUUUUUUUUUCGGGUUCUUCGUUGGGAAGGGUUAGGUUUUCGCCCUUGUACUUCUGCCUCGUUGUUGUCGUUUUAACGGAAUUCUCCCCAUCAUCGUUCAAUUUUUGGGGCACGAAAAGUGCGUAUUGUCGAAAUUCCCUAUUCAUAUUGAAGUGAAAUUUGAAGAUGAGAGGAACCACUCGAGCUCUUCGUCAUGUUCUGUAUUGUUCUCGAAUUCGAGGGGAUCAUCUUUGUCUUCAAAAUGGAAGUCGAAAGGUCUCAACUUUGAGAGCAGAAGCUGUUUGUUCUUCAUCCAGACCAUUUGCUGAAAAAGAGAUCAAUAGGUAUCUUUGCCAGACGGCACGGUCUCUGUCUAUCUCUAUGGCCAGUGAUUCUGCUGGAGCUUCAGCAGAUGUGGGAAAAUCUGGUCCUUUGAUUGAAUAUGAAAGAAGAAUAGCCUCAGGGGAACUUGUUGAUGGAGAUGCCUUUCAGGUUGACACACUUAGGCUACUUCAAAGGCUGUAUGACCAGCUUAUUGAGCAUGAAGACAGCUGCCAUUUAGAUAGAUAUAAAGCAUCUAAAAAAGCUGGAAGAAGUCGGUGGCUAUGGUCUCGUCUUGUUCCCCAAUCUUCUUAUUCACCAGUCAAAGGACUAUACCUUUAUGGGGGAGUAGGAACAGGAAAAACGAUGCUAAUGGAUUUGUUUUAUGAUCAAUUACCCUCUAAUUGGAGGAAACGGAGAAGACACUUUCAUGAUUUUAUGUUGGAUGUCCACAGCCGCCUCCAGAUGCAUAAAGGGGUAGCAGAUCCACUUGAAGUUGUUGCAGGAGAGAUAUCAGAUGAGUCCAUUCUAUUAUGUCUAGAUGAAUUCAUGGUCACAGAUGUUGCAGAUGCAUUAAUACUAAAUCGACUAUUUAAGCAUCUUUUUAUUAAAGGCCUUGUUCUUCUUUCCACAUCAAAUCGUGCUCCUGAUAACCUUUAUGAAGGUGGUUUACAGAGGGAUCUUUUCUUACCAUUCAUUGAUACCCUCAAGGAAAGAUGUAUAGCGCAUGAAAUUGGUUCAUCAACUGACUACCGAAAGUUAACAUCAGCUGAGCAAGGUUUCUAUUUUAUUGGGCAUGACUCUGCUCGCCUUAAGCAAAAAUUUUUGAAUUUGAUUGGAAAGGAAACUCCUCGCCCACAAGUUGUGGAAGUUGUUAUGGGACGACACUUGCAGGUACCACUUGGAGCAAAUGGAUGUGCUUAUUUUCCUUUUGUUGAUCUUUGUGACAAACCAUUGGGAGCAGCUGACUACUUGGGGCUUUUUGAAAAGUUUCAUACGUUGGCAUUGGAUGGCGUGCCAAAAUUUUCAAUCCAAAACCGGUCAGCGGCUUAUCGAUUUGUUACAUUAGUUGAUGUGAUGUAUGAGAACAAAUCCAGGCUUUUAUGCACAGCUGAGACAUCUCCAAUAGAGCUGUUUGAAAAAAUUGUUACCAUUGCUGAUGCUCAAAGGAUGUCUCCAAGAAGCUCAUCGCGCUCUCUCAAGGGAGAUGAUCUUGACCUUUGUGUGGACAAUGAGCUUGGAUUUGCCAAAGAAAGAACUAUCAGUAGGUUGACAGAAAUGAACAGUAGAGAGUACCUGGAGCAGCACCAAUCAAGGUUGCUUGGGAUGGCAAAGCUGGAGGUUGAAGAAAACAAUGAUGCCUUGCUAGUAUGAUAAUUUCUAAUUCAAAUAUCUAAGAAAAUUAUCUUAAAUCUAUUUUAGGUUUAAUUUAUUUCACCAGUGAUUGCUUUGUCAUUAAGAUGCCAAUGUUUUAGAUUGAGUGUAUAUUCCAUCUAUGAUCUGGGGAUUGAAAGAUGAGAGAAGUGUUGGCACUGUACAUUCUGAAUAAUAUUUUUAAUAAUGGAGGAAUUGCUAGGCAUGAAGAUCAUUCCUAGCAUGUUGUGAUAA